CAAUUUUUCCGCAACGGUAAUGGCAGGUAACGAAGAAGUUUCUGGGCAAAUUGAGAUGGCUUCUUUAGAAUCAUCGGUCGUUUCUUUCUCAUCUUUGAGUAGAUUAAGAUCUUGGUUUGUCGAAAAGCGUUCAAAAAUUCGUCCAUGGUCUGAAUUUCUUGACGUCAAUCGAUUCUCUAAACCAAAAACAAGCUCUGAAAUUUAUACAAGAUUUACCAAGAAUGUUGAAUUGUAUCAAGCGAAUUAUGUGUUUAUUUUUGUAGGAUUGGCUUUAUAUUGCAUUUUGACUUCACCACUUCUGCUGAUUGCUUUGUCAAUUUCUGGUGGUGCCAGUUGGUACAUUAACCAUAUCAACAAAUCUAAACCUCUUUCAAUUGCUGGUCGGGAAUUUAGCCUGGCUGAGCAGUAUGGACUUGUUGCUUUAAUAUGUUUACCAUUGUUUUUUCUUGCAUCUGCUGGUUCAACUGUAUUUUGGAUACUAGGUGCAUCGUUUUUUGUCAUAGCUAUUCAUGCAUCUUUGUUUACCUUGUCAACACCUGAAGAGAUCUCAGAUGUAAUAUAAACAGGUUUAUGUAUACCAUUUACUUUUAUUUGAACAAUUGAAUUAAUUCAUAAAAAAGUACAAUGCUCAAAAAUUAUGUUUGAUAUUUAGCCAGGAAUUUGAAUCACUGUUAUGAUAUAUUUGUCGCCAUCUGCCUUAAUAUAUAUAUAAUAGCCAUUUUUGUGCAUCAAAAGCUCUAAUAUUUGAAGGCAGUGUAAUUUGUAAAAUAAGUAAUUACUCAUAUAAAACAUUCCUAUUUAACAGUCAAUAGUCAAUAACAUUUAGUAAAGAUA